CUUCUUUAUCAACUUCUCAUUCCUCUUUAAGAUGAAAAAUCGGAUGGAACGACUUGUGGUUCUUCCUUUCACCGCCGGGUGUGUCUCUUCCUCCAGUGUAUCUGUUAGCGUACAACAUGGAAGACGACCAAAGGAAGACAUCAACUCAGCUCACAUGGUGUGUAGGUCAAGGGAAGUGCCCAAAAAUUCAAAAGACACAUCAAGUGACCACAUGAUGAAGGGCUCAUCUAGUUCUAGGUUCUCAACACCAUCGAUACCAAAUAUAUACAUUGGGUUUCACAGGCUUACCAGAACCAUCAAAAAUCUGUCUCAGUCCCUUGUGUUCAAGGAGGAGAUGGAGGAACAGGAAAUGGAGAUGGAGAUUGGCCUUCCAACGGAUGUAAAACAUGUGACACACAUAGGGUUUGAUGGGUCGAUGAACCCCGGUGCCAAUGGUUGCAACCACUUGGACAUCUCAGAUUUUCUUUCGCUAUGCCCUAACUCCAUGGCUCAGUACGAGCAACGUGCUAUGUUUGUACCAGUAGAUGCAACUCAUGAUUCCCAAAAUACAUCAUGUAAGUUACCCGACAUUAGAGAAGAAUGAAAUGGAUGUAGAAGGAAUGAAGGGUGUUGUGCUAUUUGUGAAGAUUGUGUGAAUGAUAUAUAAUUGUCGUGUGGAUAAAGUUUUUUAUGUGAUAAUGUGUUGUUAGAGAA